AAUAAUAAUAAUAAUAAUAAUAAUAAUUGCCUUCCACCAUCAGCUGCAUUAUUGACCAGGAACAGGGAAUACAAGUCAAGCUCAUCUUACUCUUGUUGUUGCUGUGCAAAAUUACGUGCCAAAGAAGAACAACCAUCGAGGGAGACGCCGCUGCUCUAUUCCCUGACUGAUCAACAAAUAAAGACAUCACCGACAACAUAUAAAAGCCACCUCUGGCCCGAUCUUUGUACCGACAUUCACACCAACCGUUAAUAAAUAUCUCUCUUCAUUUUAUCCUGCCUCAGUUCUCAAACCACUCUUCUCGUCCGUUUGUUUAAAGAAGACAAAAAUAUACUUCACUCUGAGCUAGCUACCUUGCGAUAGCCAAAAGCUCACAGGCUACGCAGAACCACCGUGCCGGGUACGCCAGUUCUUAUUACGAUCGAACAUUAUAACCUCCCAGUCCAAGUCGAACCGCAAUGGAAUUCAAUCCUACAAGCCCAUCGAAGGCCACACCGCUCUCCGAUCGUUCUACAAACACUCAUCUCCCCACCGGAGCGGCACCGCCAAUGACAACUGGACACUGUGGCACGGAUCUUAAAGCUGCAACAGAAAUGUCGAUGGAAUAUCACAGACAGGUGUUGAAAGAGAAGAUGAAAAACAGGAAGAGUGAGAAGGGCCAUUACAUCUCGCCAUCUGAUGGAAUCAUGAGCCCGUGUACCAAGAAGCUGAGCGAUCUCAAGGGGAAGCGGUUUAAGAAUGCCGGCAAACCACAAACCCUCUUCGCAAAGGCGAUCGGCAGGAAAUCCAUUGAGAAGAUGACCGUUGAAGGCAAAACAGGGUCAACAGCGCCCUCAGACGGGAGUGCAUGAUUUUUCCAACCCGGCCUCUCUUUUUUCUCUUUCUUUCUUUCUCUUUCUUUUUUAAAAUUUCCCCUUCCUUCCUCCAAUUGCGAACUUUAACCUAGCACACAUAUAUCAGUUGCACUUUGCAGCUGUCGAUGCCUGUCUUUUCUUUCUUUAUGCCUUGCCACUUUGAGAUGUAAAUGUAUAUUUUCGAUUACUUUCCCUCUCUUUUCCCCUUUCUUCUUUUCUUCUCUUUUUUUUUUUUAGGCUUCUCCUUUCUUAUUCUUCUUUCAUGGCCCUUUCAUGUCAUACCAUGUGACUUGAGAUGACUUGGCUCAAUCGGUCUGUACUAUUUUCUUUUUUUUCUUUGUCCGAGGCUUUUUUGACCUUUCUCGGUGUUUUGAACUCCUGUGUUUUGGAGGUUAAGGAAGGGGUGGGGGUGGGGGUUGGGAAUCAUGGCGUUUUCCAAACAUAUAGAGAUACUACUGUAUUGAACAGGACAUGAUUAUGAUAAAUGGAUUGGGAUUUGUAUUUUCCUUUUUCUUUGACCUUCCUUGCGAAUUUUUCUUUUUCUCUCCCUUUUUUGGGUAACUAUAGAAAUGAAAGCAUGUCUGUUCCUCUUUCUCCCUACGUCAGACGAGUUUUCACAGUGAUCUCUAAGUUACUGCUCAUAUCAUAAAACAAAUCUAUUCUAUAUCCUGUGCCAUUUUGCCUUCUGUAAGACUUUCUUCUGAAGAAUCCUCCUAAAUGCGGGCCUAUCGCCAGAGCUUCCGAAAUCCCC